AUGACGGACCACACAGAAAACGUCCCUCAGCCCAUCGCUUCCUACGGCUCUACCUCUAGUCGCAAUCCUCUCACGUCCUUCACCAACUCAGACAAUACCCAUACUACCUCAAACCACCAGGCACAUCGUAACCGCCUGUCUAUUGCUGCCCUUGCCCGUGAUAAGACUCAGGCGGCACUUGCCUCGAUCAGGCCCAAGACCUCUCAGCAAUCAUUACAUUCCUCGUCGUCCUCGCAAGGCAGUGUCUCGAAGCCAGCCUCCAACUUCGCAUUACCUGGUGACAGCAGUGCUCGGCACCAGAAGGGUUAUUUUGGCUUCUCUACUACACGACCAGAGGUGCGGAUUGAUAAGAGUGGGGCAACCUCACCAGGACGUGCAGUAAGUCCUGGUGCAGACGGAGUCCCUCAGACGGUGGGCUAUCCGAACCGUGCGCAGGAUAAGCGUCAAGCUCGUGACAGGUCUUUGUCACCCACCAAUCGUGACUUACCCUCACCGCCAGCAGAAAGCCCUCAGCAGAUCGCUCAGAACAAGAUGCAUCAAACAUCAUCUAGACUCCUUCGAAUGACGGAGGAGGAGAGACCAUUCACUAGAGACUUCGAGGAUCUCUUUUCCACACUAAUGGUCAGCUUGCCUCUCACAUCUCACCGUGUCCGUUUCGCCAAAGUCGAUCAUACAUUCACAUCAGAAGAGGCAAUCAAUAAUCUUGGCUCUCUGAAAUUCUCUCAGUCCAAUCGCAUGCCAGAUCCUAAGGACCCAUCGCGGAUAGUCACGACCACUACCACUACAACCUUCUCAAUGGCAAAAGAGAUGGCACGAUCAGUAUGUCAAAGAUUCAUGGACGCUCGCUUUGUCGAACAUGCAGACUCGAAAAUUGUACCCAUUUUUCCGCUCAAGAAUGCUGUCUGGCAAUUAACGCCUAAAGGCAUGCAUGUUCUGACCAGGUUUUGCCAACGCAAUGGCAUCAAUCAAAGACACGUUCUCGACCUUUUGGACAGUCCGAGAAACGCAAUGCAGCUGGUCAUCCUGGAAAGAGACGGUACCACGGAUAAGCUCUCCCAUGACCGGGCGACCAUCGAUGUCAUUUUCCGGCGGUUUGCCGGGCAAGAUGGCCCGAACGUGAAAAACUCCACCUCUGCUUCGGACAACGAUUCCCUGAGUGAUUACUACAAUGGCUUGGUUGGAGUCAAGCUUGCUAAGGAGCGCAAGAUUCUCGACCGUGUUGUACCAAAUACAUUCACUGGCAAGGCAGGAGUUGACUGGCUCAUGGAUUGCUGUACAACAGUGGACAGAAGAGAGGUUUUUGAAAUAGCUGAGCUAUUCGUCACGAGUGGUCUCAUUUGGGCGGUUGUGGAGGACAAGGUCUAUGCUCAUCAAAAUCCGGGCGCGUCCAAAUUCCAGCCCACGAAAAAUGCUAUCUACGGCUUCACUGACAAGGGUCAGCGUACUGCUGGUUGGUUGCCUAGAGAAGAGAGUCCAAGCAGUGAAGAGAGCAGGAAAGAGAUGGCCAACGCCCGUAGAGACAAAACGGUCACGACGCGUGACUCAAACAACAAUCGGCUUCAUAUCAUCGUGAAUGAUCCAGCCCUUCGAUUGCUGUUCCGCGAAUAUUUACGCGACACCCACUGCGAAGAAAAUUUAGCCUUCUAUAUUGAGGUUCGGGAAUUCACAAGAAGCUAUGACUCUGCCGAAAGAGCCAAGGCUUUCACACGUUUGGACGCUAUUCGAGAACAAUUGGCCGCUGCAUAUGGACUUUACAAUGCGUUCCUGGCUCCAGGCUCACCUUGCGAACUCAACAUUGAUCAUAACUUGCGAAACAGUCUGGCUGGACGUAUGACAAGGGCUGUUGGUGACGACGAUUCAUUGUUGAAGAGCUUGCAAGAGGUUGUGGCCCUUUUCAGAGAGGCUCAGACAUCCGUUUUCAAAUUGAUGAGCAGCGACUCAGUCCCCAAAUUCCUUAAAGAGCCGAAAUACGCACCAGUGCUCGCCCAGCACAAUUUUGAUCAUGCAGUCGAAAGAGCGAACCACAUGACUGCUCAGGCCAAUCAGACCGUCCUGCCUGAAAGAUCAAGAAGCAAAGCUAUCAGAGAUCGAGAUCAUCGAACAUAA